GCGGCGCGCAUGCGCGUUGCGCGUUCCUGGCAGCCAGGCGGGUCCCGGCCGGGCGGAGGCCGCGGCGAAGCCGGGGGCUCGCGUAGAUGUGCAGCCCGGGGAGGGCGCCCCCUGGGCCGGCCCCGGCGGGGGACCUGCCGCCCGAGUGGGAGACGGACGACGAGCGUAUGGCUUUUCUCUUCUCGGCUUUUAAGCAGAGCCGCGAAGUGAACAGCACCGAGUGGGACAGCAAGAUGGCCUUCUGGGUCGGGCUGGUGCUGGCCCGGGGCCGCCGCCGCGGUGCGGUUCGUACCUGUCUGCGAGAGCUGCAGAACGGCUUCGAGCGGCGGGGCAGCGUGCCGCUGGGCCUCGGCACCGUGCUGCGGGAGCUGCUCAGACGUGGCAAGAUGCAGAGGGAGUCAGACUUCAUGGCCAGUGUGGACAGCAGUUGGAUCUCCUGGGGUGUGGGAGUCUUCAUCCUGAAGCCCCUGAAGUGGACGCUCUCAAGUGUGCUGGGUGACAGCAAAGUACCUGAGGAGGAGGAAGUUCUGAUUUAUGUGGAGCUACUUCAGGAGAAAGCAGAGGAAGUUUAUCGCCUGUAUCAGAACUCUGUGCUUUCAUCUCACCCCGUUGUUGCUCUCUCAGAGCUGCGUUCCCUCUGUGCUGGUGUUUGUCCAGAUGAAAGAACAUUCUAUUUAUUGCUGCUCCAGCUGCAAAAGGAAAAGAAAGUCACAAUCCUGGAACAGAAUGGAGAGAAGAUAGUGAAGUUUGCCAGAGGACUUCAUGCCAAAGUCUCUCCAAUGAAUGAUGUGGACAUUGGAGUCUAUCAGCUGAUGCAGAGUGAACAGCUGCUGUCACAGAAGGUGGAGUCCCUUUCCCAGGAAGCAGAGAAAUGUAAAGAAGAUGCCCGGAAUGCUUGUAGAGCUGGGAAAAAGCAACUGGCACUGAGAUGUCUGAAGUCCAAACGAAGGACAGAAAGGCGCAUUGAGGAGCUUCAUUCCAAGCUGGAUGCAGUGCAGGGGAUCUUGGAUCGUAUCUAUGCUUCCCAGACUGACCAGAUGGUGUUUAAUGCCUAUCAGGCUGGUGUGGGAGCUCUGAAACUCUCUAUGAAGGAUGUUACUGUGGAGAAGGCAGAGAAUCUGGUAGAUCAGAUACAAGAGCUUUGUGAUACUCAAGAUGAAGUAGCCCAGACUCUGGCUGGAGCAGGGGUCAAUGGUUUAGAGAUGGACUCCGAAGAUCUGGAGAAGGAACUGGACAGCCUCCUCCAGGACUCAGCUAGGGAGCCUGUCCACCUUCACACUGUACCCCAAGAGGAGCCGCGUUCUGGAUCUGCAGGAGCCAUUUUGGAUACUGAGCUUGAAGCUGAGUUGGAAAAGCUCUCUGUUUGUGAUGAAGAUCUGGCACAGAAGACUCCAUCUGCUUCCUCUGAACCCCAAACAGCUCUGGGACUGAAUCUCUAAAGACCCGACCACAUCCUGUUGCUGCAGUUUGACAAGUUGUCUUAAGGCUCUUUAAUUAUUGACUAAAACUUUGGGACAGAGGGGUCCUGGUCCCCUCUUCUUUGUGAAAUCACUUUGCUAAGCAACAGGAUCUCCUGCCAUGACAAUCCACUCUGGAACUGGCCCCAGCUGGUGUUUGUCAUCUCUGUGCCAACAUCUGCACUGGUCUGAAUUUGACUUGCUGUCAUCUCGAGUCACCUGUGACAUCCAGGAACGCAGUUCACUACUCUGCCCAGUGGAGAUAAACUCUCUCUGUCCAUAACAGUGCUUGUUGUUUUGUUUUUUUUUUUUCAAUUUUCUUUUUCUUUGCUGUGGCUCACGUUGAGAACCUGAGUUGCAGCAGCAUUGCAGUUGCUCAACAUUUGGCUGUGUGGUUGUUUAGAACACUUGGCACAUAAGUACUGCCCUUGACAUAAGUUACCUGCAACGAGCUUCACCACCUGUUGGUAGUUCUGUCCCUCCCCUCUAUGUUCUGCACGGUUGUGGACAACUAGACACUGUAACAAUUGUAGGAGGUGUUGCUGCUGCACUAGAGGGCAGCAAUUGCAAGCACAAGACAAAAAUAAUUCCUCUUUCUGUAAUGACACUAAGGCCUUAAAAGGGAGACCUGCAAAAUAUGUGAAGUUGAGGGAGUUGCUGGUGCUGAGGUCACUUUUUUAUGAUAUGUAUGCACUUGGAAAAGCAGAAAGCCUGGUACUGCACACCAAUAAAUGAAUUCCUUCAGGAGGAGAAGAGAAGGAGCGUGGGCUUUCUGCAUGCCCUGUGCAUGGCAGGGGAGCCCAGAGCUCUGUUGAGCUGUAGUCCUCUCUGCACCUCUCCCUGACUUGGAAUGUAUUCAGUAUUAUCAGUGUCUGUUUCUGAGCUCUCUCCUGACCCUGAGUUGCAAUGCUUGAGCCACGCACUUGGCUGAGCAGCACCCUGGGCCUGCAGUUGCUGUAUUGCUGCCAAAGCAGCUUCAGCCCCAGAGGGCUGGGAGAGAAAUCCUGGGCAUCAUCAGGGUGCUGCUUUGGCUUUGGUGUCCUUGUCACUCCUGCUGAGCAGUGCAGGCCCUGCUGGAGCCCUCAGUCAGCCAGCAGUGUGCCCAGGCUGCACGUGAAAUGCAUUCUCUGUAUUCCUUUCUUUUGUAAGCCAAUGGGAGAAAAAACACUGUUUUCUGCCUACAUGUAAUAAAGGGGAGAGGAAGAA